AUGGCGAAGAAAGGAGAGGCGAGAAGAAGGAAACCGAUAACGCCUUCUUCAUCUUCAUCGUCGACGACAACAACAUCAUGUGACUCCGAAACAGAAGACUUGCGACACACGCCACCAAAGCCUUUGCUCUUGACGAAGAGCAAGGGGGGUUACUUGUCGAAGCAAUUAUCGAACUGUGAGACGUCGAGGGACAUCGCAUGGGAGAGGCGACGCCAGCAGAUUUUGAGGCAAGAGAGGGGGAGAAAUGGGAUUUUCGUAGCGAACAAUAAUGGAUUAACCGACGAAGAUUUGUGUGAACUUAGAGGGUGUAUUGAGCUAGGGUUCAGAUUCGACGAAGAACAAGGGCAAAAACUAUGCAAUACAUUGCCUGCUUUAGACCUUUAUUUCGCCGUAAAUCGUCAAAUCUCGUCGAGUCCGAUUUCAAGCUCUCAUCCGCCGUUGGUGUCGUCGUUACCUUCUUUUGAGAGUGAGCUAGCAUGGAAAAUUUGCAAGCCAGGAGAAAAUCCUCAAGUAGUGAAGACUAAGCUAAAGCAUUGGGCACAAGCUGUGGCAUGUGUUGUGAAGCAGUCAUAUUGA